UCUGGACCUCGGAGUCCAGUUCUUAGCCCCGGUCCUGACACCUCUUUGCUGGAUUCAGUUUUGCUGGAUUUUGGUCUCUAUCAUUCAUCCACUUCAGGACUUCUAUAUUUGUCAUUGUUCAUUUGGCAACUGUUUGAUUUAGUCCUGGGGAUUACUUGGUUGACUCCAGAUCAGAACAGGAUUUCUGAGCCCUAUGAAUGACAUGCUGUUCACACCUUAGCAUUUCCAGGCAGAAAAUUGCAGUGGACAGUGAGUUAGGAGGCACCAUGAUGGCUUUACCUUUCUACCAGAAACAUCAUGAACACUAUGACCGUGCAUACCGCCACAAAGAGCUGCAAUCCACUCUGAGCCAGUACCAAAAGGAGGAGAAGCGUAAAUCUGCUGUCUACAGUCAUGGGUCUACAGCCUACACUCGUGGAUCUGCCGCCUACCGCCAUGGGUCUGCAGCAGCCUAUAGUCAUGAGUCUGCAGCAGCCUACAGUCAUGGAUCAGCAGCCUAUGGUCACGAGUCUGCAGCCUACAGUCAUGGAUCUGCAGCCUACAGUCAUGGAUCUGCAGCUCACAGUAGGAGGUCUGCUGCCUACAGUCUUGGAUCAGAAUCCCUCAGUAAGAUGUCUUCAGGCUAUGAUCAUGAAUCUGCAGCUCACAGUAGGAGGGCUGCUGCCUACAGUCUUGGAUCAGAAUCCCUCAGUAAGAUGUCUGCAGCCUAUGAUCAUGAAUCUGCAGCUCUAAGUAGGAGGUCUGCUGCCUACAGUCUUGGAUCUGAAGCCUACAGUCACGGACUAAAAGAUUCCAAUAUAAUGAUAGAAGAUCGAUCCUAUAAGUUGAGUCCCAAAGCAAAGAGGGCAAAGCAGAGUUUAUUCUCUGAGGAGAAAGAAAAUAAAGCCAUUGACUAUGUAGUACCAGUGUUCACAGGACGUCAGGUGUAUGUCAGCGGGAUUACAGAUACAGAACAGGAAAGAAUUAAGGAAAGUGCUGCAUACAUUGCCAGAAGGAACCUCUUUGCUACAGGCGAAGGAAUUAGUGCAACUAGAGCAGCCACUUCAUCCUCUACAGAAGAGCAGCAUGAAAAGAAGUCAAGGAAAGUAGCAAUACGAGAGUCAGCUGAACGUCUGGCCCUGAAGAAAACGUUAGAAGAGACUGAGGAAUUUCACAGAAAGCUGAAUGAAGAUAAACUUUUACACGCUCCUGAGUUUGUUAUCAAGCCUCGUUCCCAUACUGUCUGGGAGAAACAGAAUGUCAAAUUACAUUGUACUGUGACUGGCUGGCCAGAACCCCGUCUUACAUGGUACAAAAACAAUGUGCCCAUCAAUGUGCAUACUCACCCUGGCAAGUAUAUCAUUGAAAGUCGAUAUGGGAUGCACUCACUGGAGAUUAACAAAUGUGAUUUUGAAGACACCGCUCAGUAUCGAGCUUCUGCCAUGAAUGUUAAAGGAGAACUUUCAGCUUAUGCUUCCCUUGUGGUAAAGAGAUAUAAGGGAGAGUUUGAUGAAAGUUGUUUUCAUGCUGGAACUGUUACCAUGCCUCUCAGCUUUGGUGUUACCCCCCAGGGCUAUGCUUCCAAGUUUGAAAUCCACUUUGUUGACAAGUUUGAGGUAUCCUUUGGAAGAGAAGGAGAGACAAUGAGUCUGGGUUGUACAGUUAUCAUUCAUCCCGACAUUAAGCGCUUCCACCCAGAGAUCCAGUGGUACAGGAAUGGUGUUCUUAUUACACCAUCCAAGUGGGUCCAGAUGCAUUGGAGUGGGGAGCGGGCUACGUUAACCUUUGCUCAUGCUAACAAGGAGGAUGAAGGUCUUUACACUCUUCGUGUGGUCAUGGGGGACUACUAUGAACAGUACAGUGCUUAUGUCUUCGUUCGAGAUGCAGAUGCUGAAAUGCCAGGAGCCCCAGCUUCGCCACUGGAUGUGGAGUGCUUGGAUGCUAACAAAGAUUAUGUCAUCAUCUCCUGGAAACAACCUGCUGUUGAUGGAGGAAGCCCCGUCCUUGGAUACUUUAUUGAUAAAUGUGAGGUUGGCACCACUCGCUGGUCACAAUGCAAUGAGACUCCGGUGAAGUUUGCUCGUUUCCCUGUCACGGGUUUGAUAGAAGGUCGCUCCUAUAUAUUCCGAGUCCGGGCUGUGAAUAAAGCUGGAAUAAGCAUACCAUCCCGGGUUUCGGAGCCUGUGGCAGCUCUGGAUCCCGCUGACAGAGCUAGGCUUAGAAGUCAUCCUUCCGCUCCCUGGACAGGACAGAUUAUUGUCACUGAGGAAGAACCUGCAGAGGGUGUUGUUCCUGGCCCGCCUUCAGACCUCCAUGUUAUUGAAGCCACCAAGAACUAUGUUGUGCUCAGCUGGAAACCCCCUGGAGAACGGGGUCAUGAGGGUGUCAUGUACUUUGUGGAAAAGUGUACUGCAGGCACAGAGAACUGGCAGAGAGUGAACUCUGAGAUCCCUGUAAAGUCUCCUCGCUUUGCUGUUUUUGACUUGGCUGAAGGGAAAUCUUACCGUUUCCGUGUUCGCUGUUGUAAUUCAGCUGGCAUUGGUGAGCCCUCAGAAGCAACUGAAGCUACUGUGGUGGGUGACAAACUUGAUAUUCCCAAAGCCCCAGGCCGUAUUAUACCAACCAGGAAUACAGAUACCUCAGUGGUUGUCACUUGGACAGAAUCUAAAGAUGCCAAGGAGUUGGUUGGGUACUACGUAGAAGCAAGCAUAGCUGGAUCUGGCCAUUGGGAACCAAGCAAUAACAAUCCAGUGAAAGGCACAAGAUUCAUUUGCCAUGGACUCCUCACUGGUGAGAACUACAUUUUCCGAGUCAGAGCUGUUAAUGCAGCUGGACUCAGUGAAUAUUCACAGGAAUCAGAGGCUAUUGAAGUCAAAGCAGCCAUUGGGGGAGGAUUGCUUCAUGGUGUGUGUCCUGAACUGAGUGGUAAAGCUGGUGGACUAACAGACUACACUGCCUCCUGGGAAGGCAUGCAUGAGUCCUCCCAGCCUAUCUUUGACACAGAUGCUUUGCUAAAAUGCAAUGCUAAAUUUAACAGACACGUGCUACCCAGUAGCUCUGAUAAGCUGGGGCGUACAGGAUUCAGUGAAGUAAGAGAAAUGGUUAAGAAUGUUCCUACACCUUCACCACAGAAGGGAGCUGCUAAGCAGGCAAGUAAGACUCAACCUGGGGACCCUUUGGCAUUGGAGAAAAUGAAAGAGAAGAAAGAUAUAGCUGCCCCAUCUCCACCUUAUGACAUCACUGUACUUGAAAGUGUUCAUGACUCAAUAGUGCUGGGAUGGAAACAGCCUAAAAUCAUUGGCGGAGCUGAAAUUACUGGCUACUAUGUGAACUAUCGUGAAGUGAUUGAUGGAGUUCCUGGAAAAUGGAACGAGGCCAACAUUAAACCAGUUAGUGAAAGGGCCUACAGGAUUCACAAUUUGAAGGAAAACAUGGUAUACCAAUUCCAAGUGGCUGCUGCUAACCUAGCUGGGGUCGGCACACCCUCCCCACCUACUCGAUCCUUCAAAUGUGAAGAAUGGACCAUUGCUGUUCCAGGACCGCCCCAUGAUCUCUUAUGCACUGAAGUUAGAAAAGACUCUUUGGUUUUACUGUGGAAACCACCAGUUUAUAUUGGCCGUAAUCCUAUAACUGGUUACUAUGUUGAUGUGAAGGAAACAGAAGCAACAGACGAACAUUGGAGGAGUGUCAAUGAGAAGCCAAUUGCAAAUAAAUUCUUAAAGGUCAGUGGCCUAAAGGAAGGUGUCAGCUAUCUAUUCCGGGUGCGAGCAACAAAUCAGGCUGGUGUCGGGAAACCUUCUGAUACUACUGACCCUGUCAUAGCAGAAACACGACCAGGAACUAAAGAAAUGGAAGUAGAUGUGGAUGAUAAUGGAGUCAUUUCCCUGAACUUUGAAUGCGACCAGAUGUCUCCAGACUCUAAGUUUGUCUGGUCCAAGAAUUAUGAACCAAUUGAGGAUGAAUCUCGAUUAGCCUUUGAUGCCAAAGGUGGAAAGUCAAAAGCUGCUUUUAAAGAUCUUGGGGAAGAUGAUUUGGGCAUUUACUCUUGUGCUGUCACAGAUACUGAUGGAGUUUCAUCAAGCUACACAAUAGACGAGGAAGAGAUGAAACGCCUCCUCGCUCUCAGCCAUGAGCACAAAUUCCCAACUGUCCCACUUAAGUCUGAGUUAGCAGCUGAACUUCUGGAGAAGGGACAAGUGCGAUUCUGGCUGCAGGCUGAAAAGCUGUCUGGCAAUGCAAAGGUCAACUUUGUAUUUAAUGACAAGGAAAUUGUUAAUGGAGAGAAAUAUAAGAUGAAGGUGGACCAUAAUACUGGCCUUAUUGAAAUGAUCAUGGAUAAAAUUGAGGACAAUGAUGAAGGGACUUAUACCUUCCAACUUCAGGAUGGAAAAGCAACGAACCAAUCCAGUCUUGUCCUUAUUGGUGAUGUGUUCAAGAAGCUACAGAACGAAGCAGACUUUCAGAGGCAAGAGUGGUUCAGGAAACAAGGUCCUCAUUUUGUUGAGUAUCUGGGAUGGGAAGUUACCGCUGAUUGCAAUGUGUUGUUGAAAUGCAAGGUGGCUAAUAUUAAGAAGGAAACGCACAUUGUUUGGUACAAAGAUGGGAGGGAGAUAAUGGUGGAUGAGGAGCAUGACUUUAAGGAUGGCGUAUGUACUCUGCUGAUAUCAGAGUUUUCCAAGAAAGAUGCUGGUAUUUAUGAAGUAAUACUGAAGGAUGACAGAGGAAAGGACAAAAGCAAACUGAAGCUUGUGGAAGCAGCUUUUGCAGAUCUGAUGAAUGAAGUGUGCAGAAAGAUUGCUGUAUCUGCAACAGAACUGAAAAUCCAGAGCACGGCAGAGGGUAUCAGAUUAUUCUCUUUUGUUAAUUAUUACUUGGAAGAUCUGCAAGUGAGCUGGUUACACAAUGAUGCCAAGAUUAAGUAUACAGACAGAGUUAAGACUGGUGUUACUGGGGAGCAGAUCUGGUUACAGAUCAGUGAGCCAACUCCACAGGACAAGGGCAAAUAUAUAAUGGAGCUCUUUGAUGGUAAAACUACACAUACGAGGAAGCUGGAUCUCUCUGGACAAGCUUUUGAUGAAGCCUGUAUUGAAUUCCAAAGAUUAAAACAAGCUGCUGUUGCAGAAAAAAAUCGUGCCCGGAUACUUGGAGGUUUGCCCGACGUUGUCACCAUCCAGGAAGGCAAGGCGCUUAAUCUUACUUGCAAUGUCUGGGGAGAUCCUGUCCCAGAGGUCACGUGGCUGAAGAAUGAGAAACCGUUGACAGCAGAUGCCCACUGCAUCCUGAAAUAUGAAUCUGGAAAAAGCGCCAGCUUCACUAUGACUGGGGUCAACACAAUCGACUCUGGGAGAUACGGCAUUUUGGUGAAAAACAAAUACGGCACAGAAAUAAGUGAUUUCACUGUGAUUGUGACUCCUGCGAUGGCACAGAUUGGCAUGGUUAUGCAUGAUGCUGAUGUGCAGGGACCUAAUCUAAAUACAAUGACUAUAGCUAAAAGGAAAAAAGCAACUGCCACAAAUAAUUAUCACAAUGAACGGGAGAAAGAAGAUUUUGUUAAGCCACAUGUAGAAGAGAUUAUUGCUACAGAAGAGACACCUGAUCCAAAUGAAAUCCUGAUUGUGGAAGAGGGAGAUGAUCGAGAUGGAAGCGGGCAAGCAGCAAAGGAGGGUGAUGUGAAGUCAACAGUACCAGAAAUAAUUCUUCAUCCCCCAGGAAGCUUGAUUAGACAGGGAGAGAAAUCAGUGGAAACAAACACUUGAAUAAAACUAUGAUGUUACUGUAUGUGUGUAACGAUGAUUUUAUUAUGAAAUAGAUAUCGAUCUUGUGUUGAACUUGCAUGGGAUUUAGCAUCUCCAUAAUAUGUUUAUAGAAAGACCUCCUAAUUCUGCUUAUUACCCUUGUAAUGGCUUCACAUGCAAUGGGUUGUAGGUUUUUUUAGUGUACAUUCACAUCUUAAUAUCAUUGAUUAAAUACAUUGCAGUAUUCUUUAGAAUGUAUCUGGCUGUCCAGUGAUUCAGGCUUUGAUAAAAUGAUUCUAUGCAAUGGCACAAUCACAGGCGUGUUAGAACACCUUAUGAUAUAUCUUGUCAAGAAGCAUCAUAUUUACUACUCUGCAAAAGACACACAUUGUAUAGAGCUAUGUAGAAGGGUUAGACCAAUGCAUACUAAUCAUCAUGCUUUACAGCAUUACAAUAUUCAUACAUAAGUCAGUGAUUCAAGUUUGUGCUAAGGAAUCUCAGAUCUUUGGCUACUUAGCUAUCUUUGCAUAAAAAUGGCAGAAGUUGAAAAGUGGAUGCCUAGAAGCAAGGUGAAAAGAACAAUAUCGCAUUCAAAAUGUCUUCUGUUGAUUUGUAACACAAGCUUAAUCAUUUUUAACGUGUGUGUGUGUGUGUGUGUGUGUGUGUGGUUACUGGUAUUUGGAUAACUCAUACCUUUUAAUUUUGUACAUUUCUAUGGAAUGUUUUUAAAUUGAUUUUAAGACCCUCAAGGCCAAAUUCUACUUGCUUUACCUAGGGGAGUCCUCUGGGAUUUCCUCUGAUAGUUCAGAGGAUUAUUAUCCAAUUAAAAGAAUUAGGCUCAUAACAUAUUUCCAGGGUAUAAGCUCUAUGACAAAUUUUGGAAUAUGGCAAAACAUAAAUGCCAGCCAUUUUUAAUGAAAUUGUACAGAAAUAUAUUCAAGAAAGAAAAGUUUAAAAUGUUUAAAUCAUUUGCUGAUACUUUGAUGCUUCUUAUUGAACAGGGAUCCAAUGGCCCCAUGUAGCUCCCAUUAAAAACAAUGGUGAGUCCUAGUGACUUAAAUGGUAGUUAAAUUGGGCCCUGUUUUGGAGGCAAUUUGAGUAAGUUUUCACUCAGGCAAUGCUAACAACUUUCCUGUAAACAAGGUGGAUGUCAUCAGACAAACCAGAACUUGAACAACUUAGGAUGACCCAUACAGAGUGAUUCAUUCUGAGAGACAGCUAAUUGCCAGUAGAUGCUAAACAGGGGGCGGCUCUAGGUAUUUUGCCGC